AAUUAAAACGUGAUGCCAACGAAGAAAAGCGCGACGCCGAACCAUACUAUUACUACAAGAGACAAGAAUUAAAACGUGAUGCCAACGAAGAAAAGCGCGACGCCGAACCAUACUAUUACUACAAGAGACAAGGCGAAAAACGUGAUGCCAACCAAGAAAAACGUGACGCCGAAUUUGACAAGAGACAAGAGAAACGCGACGCUGAACCAUACUAUUACUACAAGAGACAAGAAUUAAAACGUGAUGCCAACCAAGAGAAACGUGAUGCCGAACCAUACUACUAUUACAAGAGGGAUGCUGAGGCUUCCCCUGAACCAUAUUAUUACUAUAAGCGUGAUGCCGAAGCAAGUCCUUACUACUACUAUAAACGCGAUGCUUCUCCCUACUAUUAUUAUUAA